CAAAUGGUGGCAUGUAAUGGGGGUUUUUAGUUUGCUACAAUUUUUUUUAAAUUACGUGUAAAGCUAUUAAAGACACCAAAGAAUAAUGAAGGACACGAAAUUCGUUAACAAGGUAUAAAUUGUCACCAAAACAAACAUCAAAAUGGAUAUGAAAAUUAAAAAACCGGAAUUGAAAUGUAUGGACCCUGAUAAUUACCGAAAGUUUUUUCGGGCGCUAUGUUGGAGUGGUACCAGAAGAACUGAUAAGAAACCACAAAAGAGACUCAAUAAAAAGGAUAUAUUGAAAAGAUUAAAGGUAUCAAAUGCUCUUGCAAUUUGUUACGCUCCAGCUCUUUUAGCCAACCCUUCACAGUUUGCUGUGUAUGCUACCGUCCGUAGAACCAUUCUAGCUCGCUGUCGUCAACUACAGGCUGCAACGCUUGACUUAUCUGAUGACAGUGAAACUGAAGACAUUCCUCAACCAGUACCAGUAACAAAAGUUUCAAAGAUUACAGGGAUUGGACUGCGUACUGUUUUUGCUCUUAUAUCUCAGGCCAAGUAUACAGAUGCAGACUUAUGUGAACAAUCACUUAAGGCUUUAUUGGAUGUUCUGCAAGGGCACCCACCUGAAGACCUUGGAACUGAACCACCGGAUAUUAUACUAAACAUACACAACAUGCUGGUGGAGGUGUCCAGCGGCAUUGAUGUUAAUGGUCGGCUGGAAAGACCUACAGCAAUCACAGCAAUUAGCAGUUCCUGUCUUAUAGCUUUAGCAGUGGCACGUGGGGAAGCUGAACUUAUGCUUGGUGCUGUAACAUCACUUAUAAUUGCACCACCCAUGCUGACUGAACAAUAUAUACAGAUACCAACUAAUCUGACUAUUAUGCAGCGAAGCGUACAAUCAGUGAUUCUUGGACCACCGUGUCGUAACUUGUGGCUUAACUUUGGAGUGCCGCAUAGAUCUUUGGUAUCAAGUUUCCCAGUGGACCUGCCCGCACAGUUAACAGUUGGUUCAGGAGAGCUAGUAGUUCGAUCCCUCGUGUCUGAUGGGUGCUUCCUAUACGUAUUUUCAUCCAAAGGCCUUCUGAAAAUAGGAUCGGGUUAUGGCAGUUCUAUAAGGCAACAUGUCUACCUGUACAAACCAGACUUUUUUGCUAGCGAUCGCCAUGGUUGGCUUGGAUAUUGUCGAAAUAAGUUGUAUGUAAGGGUUGGACGAAAGAAGACUGAAGUGCACGAGGUAGAUAAGGAUACCUUUGAAGUGAAGAGUGUACUUCAUUUGGAGACUGGACUAGGUGGACCUCCGGAAUCCAAGGCUGCUGUGUUUACUGAUAGCAACCAGCUUGGAUUGGUUCUUAUAUCUAAUUAUGACAAUAUCGCAGUGAAAAUGUAUGACGUGGAUGCAAACGCAGUGGAACGCACGACAGGUACUCGUCACUCCUUAUUCGCACGUCGUGAAUUCCACGUACACUUGCUCCGCCGACGUACUCUGGUUCUCGGAAGGCCAUCCUAUGAUGACGGGCUCUCAAGGCGAUUGGUUGACCUAGAUACGCCUAUGGCUAUUCAACUCGAUGAUAAUGAUGACGAUAUGCUGCAGGGGAUAUGCUCUGGACAAGACUUUGGAUUAUUGACUACAACAUCUGGAAAGGUGUAUUAUACGGGCAAAGGAACCUCUCUGGGAUAUAAAGUACCAUCGCCGCAUAUCGGCCGGUGGACCCUGAUGAAGGAAACUCUCUUUAACAAGCAUGACUCAUCCAAUCUUAAAAAGUGCAAAGUUGUGCAGGUUGCCUUAGGGCAUGAAGGUGUCCACGCUAUUUUAGUGUUGGAUAACGGAACAGCAUUAUUCACUGGUGUUGCCAGACGUGGAGAAGAUGGAGACCCAAUGAGGCACAGGCGAACACCAAAACCUAUGCGACCAAAGAAAAUUACAAAGGUGGAAAAGUAUAACAUCGUAUAUGCGGCUUGUAACUACGGGUCGACAGCUCUAGUCACGCGCGCGGGGGAGUUGCUCAUGUUUGGCAAGGAUACACAUCAUGUUGAUGAGAACGGGGUGAUCUCAGAAUUGAACGAUGUCAGGGUUAUACAGGUGGCGCUCGGAAAGGCGCAUGCAGUAGCACUCACCAACGAAGGAGAGGUUUUCAGUUUCGGAAUUAACAACAAGGGACAAUGUGGCAGAGAAUUUGGUUACACCAAAGAAAAGCCAUAUCGAAGUUCAAGUGCAGGCAGCGGCGGCAAGGAGGAAGCGAGGCUGUGUGCCGGCCCACAUUCGUGGACUAUGGACUUUUGUCGAGUGUGCGUAUUGUGCUGUGAAUGUACGGGCUUUGCCGGCGCUUGCCUUUGCGCAACAUUGCCCAACAGGUUGCCCGGCGAAAAAUGCGGGUGUGGUGAAGGCGACUCGGGCUGCACCGUCUGCGGUAUUUGUCGAAAAUGUGCUGAAGCUUCUACGUCUGGCGCUCCCAUGUCGCUACCCGAAGAACCUGGUUGCUCUAAUGAAGACCCGGCUCAAGGUGAAGCCAGUCACAUGGAAGCAGCGCCGGGGAUCGCGAUUGCUGGAAGUUCAGGGAACGGACCAGAUUUAGAACGCGAGACUUUAAAAGUUAACUCACUCUCCCCGGCACGCGUCGUGGUGCCUGGUGGACAUCGCAUCGUCUCCGUUGCCUGUGGCUUACAACACUCUGUGUUGCUCUCUGAACACGGUGAGGUGUUUACAUUCGGAUCCAAUCAAUGGGGUGCUCUGGGCGCUGGUGACAUUGCAACACACCAUCGAGUAGUACGGGUCAGAGUACCCCGCGCUUCUGCCGUCGCAGCUGGCAGUAACCAUACUGCCAUACUUACAAGGGACGGCGAACUGUACACCUUCGGAAGUUACCAGAAAGGAGCUCUUGGUCGAGCGCGUCAAGAAGAACCGCGGUCCGAUAGAAGCCCUUUGUGGUAUGCCACGCCAAGUCGCGUGCCAAGGAUCGGUUCUCGGUAUGGCUGUCGCGCUGUGUGGGUGAAUGCCUCUGGCGAUCAGACUUUUGUCCAGGUCUCCCAAGCGAUAAUUAACACAGAUACGCUUUUAAGCGCUACUAUCACGGCCAAUACGAAUACCAUAAUUAUUUUGCCAAAUCAACCGGAACACACUUUUAAAUGCGUCACAAUAAACAAAAACGAUGGUUCUUGCAACGCUUGGACUGGGCCUGAGCAAGUCGACUUUGUGAAUACAUUGGCCUGUCUAGAUCCUUUGUAUGAUGUAUUAUGGUGCUACCAACCCCAGAUGCGAGUCAUGAAAUGCUUUAACAUAAUAGCGUUCGAUUCACAUAAACUCCAACGUUGUUGUAUCAACGAUCCCGAAGCUUUCUCGGGUAUGGAAUUUGAUUACCCAAAUUACGGGUGUAUGAAAAGGUUGGAGGAUUUCAGACACUGUGAAAGUUUUGAAUGGAUCUGUAACGAUGAAAAUCAGGAGAGAGACAAUUUCGCGCUGUCGAGUAUGUCGGUUCUUAACCAAGAAUUGGCUAUUCCUUGUAUUUCGGGAUGCCAAGUUACUAGAAUACAUGCGGCACUGCAUUUGCUUGGAUGCCUCGAUUCCCUUACUUAUGCUCACGAAAACAAGCUAUCGUCGGUGGAUUGCAAGCGUGACAAUAACAUUAUUCCGAUAGCACCUGCAGUAGAAGACUAUGUUACUGUAAGUCGUUUUGAAAACCACGGUGGUGGUUGGGGAUAUUCCGGACAUUCGGUUGAAGCCGUUCGUUUUAUGUGUGACACCGAUAUUUUGCUUGGUGGAGUUGGUCUGUACGGAGGCCGAGGCGAUUACACGGCAAAGAUUCGCAUUUACGACAUAGGUCCGGAUGGUGGUGACCAAGAAGGGGACGGAGAGAUGAUUUUUGAAACUGAGGAGAUUUUUUAUGAAUGUGCCCCUAAAGAUAGAUAUCCCCUGAUGUUUGAAACGACAGUAGUAAUAGUGGCAGGUCGGUGGUAUGUGGUAUCUGCUGCUAUAAAUGGACCAUCGUCCGAUUGUGGAACAUCAGGACAGACUAUGGUUAUAAACGACGAUGUAUGCUUUCAUUUCAAAACUUCCAAAAGGUCUAAUAACGGCUCAGAUGUCAAUGCUGGCCAAAUUCCUUGUCUGUUAUACAACAUUCUGGGGCCUGAUCAUCCCAUGCCUAUCAAACAUUUGGAUCCAGGGGAGCCAGUGGUAGUUUUGAGCAAUAAUAUAUCCAGGAAAGUUACAGUAUCCUGCUUCCGCUCCGUUAUAGGCCUAUUGCACUGGAGUUGGAAAACAUACAAAGAGAUUAUCUUGGACACGAAUGGCCAAAUACCCAUAAAUUAUCAAAAGCUUACUAUUAUGAAGCAUCAAAAGAGAUUGGUUUACAUCAUCAAAUCUGGGUUGAGGCUUGUCAGAGCUUUUAUCAAGCAAGUGUAUCCCCAAAAUAUAAAGAAGAGGAAUUCUCCUGAUUAUAUGUCUUAUUUUGAUCCCAUAGAGGACGUUAAAAAUUAUAUUCAGAGUAUAAUAGCUGAAGCCAUGCCGACAUGUGCUAUGCUGCCUCGGAGACAAAAGCGUAGUAAAGCGCACAGAGUAUGCUAUGUGCAGUUCGCACUAGAGUUGACUAAUUCUAUAUUACAAGAAGCACAUGAAACAUAUAACGCUUGUUUCUACGCGUUUUUCCCGACACCGAUACUUAAAUGGAAUCACCUCUGCUAUUUAUUACGCAAUGUCAAGGGGGGAAGUGUACCUCCAAAUCAAGUUCGAGAGCUAACAGCAACGUGCGCCGCAAUGUGUCUCUCGCAGAGUCUCCGUGACGUUUUACAAUACAUAGUUCCCUUGACUCAGAGACACUCGUCCCCUUACGAAGUGCGUCGAUUUGAAGCGCAGUCAAUGAAAGACAUACCGUGCAAAUCAGCAACGGUACCACGAUCAUCACACUCGCAAAAACCGCCACCUAUUCCGCCGAGAGCAAAGGAAAAGAUUCAAGUUCACGAAGAUGAAUUCUUGGAUUGGCAUUUACUGGACGUAGUGCCAAGGCUGUUGGAUGUGACAAUGAAACCUAUCAAGCUGCAAUUAGAGCAAAGACAGUGUGGUCCGGCACAUGACCACGGGGAGCUUCAAAUGCGGGAGAGGCUGGCUGAACAUUGCAGUAAACUGACCGCACGCUUUAUUGCGGAGAUGUCUUACAGUGCUCUAGUGUGCAGGACUCAAGCUCACGAAGAUCAAUCGAGCUUCUCGGAAUGGCAUUUAAUAGAUGUAGUGCCCGAACUGUUGGACGCUAAAGUCGGCCCGAUCAAGCUGCAAUUAGGGCAAAGGCAGUGUGCGCCGGCGCAUGAACAAGGGGAGCUGCAAAUGCAGGAGAGGCUGGCUGAAGAUUACGAUACCAAGACUGUGAAGCACUUGGUGACAGCGUGCCGUUUUAUGCGCAUAAACUCAACGCGCACUUGGAGUACAGGCAACGGAAGUCCGGAUGCGAUCUGUUUCACGGUCGACCGUGCCGGCGUCGCUCUCGUCGGCGCAUGCGUCUAUUCAGGCCCUGGACAUUACGAAUAUAUCAUCGAACUGCUGUGCGACAUGCGGACUUGCCCGGAGGACGCCAAUUUGGCUCAAAGUUGGGUAACCGAAGAAUUAGCGGAUGGCUCAUUUUCAGGCUCAGAAGGCUAUAAUGAUAUGGUCCAAAUCAAGUUCAAUAAACCCGUCUUACUGAAGGAUGACGUCCGGUACGCGUUACGUGUGUGCUGUGAUGGCGCUAAAACCGCAAGUGGUGACUGCGGAUUACCGGCCGUUACCGGACCAGAUGGCACCACUUUCAAUUUUUCCUCUUGUCCCUUGAGCUUCAACGGCACAACUUUGGCGCGAGGACAAUUGCCGUGUCUUAUUUACUACAGAACGAAAUGGGUGGAGAGGUCCCUAGAGCCAGUGGGAGUGGCCACUACUACGGCGAACGCUCAUAUACAUGAUAACGAAAUCGUUGAGACCGAUAUCGUGACAGUUCGCGAGGCUGCAGUAGCUGUGGGAACCUUAGUAGCUGAAAGAGCUGCAAUACUUCUGGCGGCUUUGAGAAACCUCAAUAAUGAUGAUUUGCGACGUAUAGCGCCAUCGUUGGCUGCCACUCCACUGCUCAACUCCCUCCUGCCCUUUGCAAUAGCCAACCUUGAAGGCCUUGAUGAUUCUAAGAGUGUAGUGUAUCUGCUCGAAAUGAUCCAUAGAUUACUCCCCCACGUGGCAGCUAUGAAUCUUAUUAUUCCUAGCAGUGAGGAAAUCACCAAUACCACGACGAGUCACUAUUACACCUGGUCGGAGAGCGAACACCCAUACAAACAGUCCACCGUCCUCAAUAAAAGGGUGCUGUUCCCUCCACAAGUAGCCUGGAUUGUACUAGAAAUGGAUCCACGCAGCAUCACAGCGCAGCCUGAAGACACCUUAACGAUCUAUGCGGUGGCGGGUGCGCCGAAACACCGCUGCCAUUGCUCUAACGAUACCCGCAUGGCAGAUCCGCCCUUCCGUAAGAGAUUAAUCAAACUAAACUCUGAAUCCGGCGAGGCCGAAGAACUAGAGGAGUCAAUUUCGGAUGCCCCCUGCAUGCAUUACAACUGCACAUAUGUCAGCGUUACACCCAGGCUGUCGAAUAACCCUUCGGACUGGCCGCAAAAAGCGCUGAUAAUACCAGGGAAUGAAGUUAUUUUCUCACUGGACACCGCAUCGGACUAUUUACAUGAAUAUGAUAAGCCUAACAACGAUGAGGGCCGCUUCGGGUACCGUUGUCUGUGCAUUGGAUACGAAGAAGCGUCGCUCGCAAGCGCCAGAGCUGGAUGUGGAACUGGCCUCACUACACUGGAAAUGGAGCUUGUACACCUUGGAGCCGGGUGCGCGACUCGCCUCCUUGCUCCCGACCUUGAUAUACCGCCCGUUACUCAUGCGACGAUGUUGGAGUUACAUUCGCAAGCGUUGGCUACAAAUGGCAGCGGAACCGGAGCGGCAUAUGCCGAUGGCACCGGGGAAGAAACAUGCGCGGAUGAGACUGAGGCGCUGCUACUGUCUCGAGGUCUCGAGCUCGCAUCACCGCCCGCUAUACACAGCGUGCUUGAUGGACACCCGCUGCUGCGGAGCGUAUCAACCGAGCGCCAGUUCCUGUCGGAUUUUGUGGCUGGAGCAGAGAGCACGGCGGGAGGUCGGCUCGCCCGAUGGUUGUCGCCUGCAUCACGCGUAGACCCUUCUCGCUGUGAGAUAAGAUCACCGAUGUCUACUGCAAGACCUGCGAUACGGCUGAGUCUACCGAUCAAUAUUAAAGAUCAAUAUGGAGAAUUGGUAGUUUCACCAGCCCUCAAAGUUAAGGUUGUCGUGCAAAGGGCUAUCAACUCUAUCGUGAAUGAAGAAGAGUCCUGCCUCGGCAGUGUCGCCUAUCAACCCACCGUGCGAGAGUUUAUGUGUUUCCAUGCCAUCACCAUGAUGAAGGCAUACCAAAACUAUUCAUUCGAGGAACUACGCCUGGCGAGUGGUGUUUGGGGUGAGACCUGUUGUACGUUCGAAGGUUUGAUGGGCUGCGGACGGAUGGCCGCUGAACGCAUAAUUGUUGACCCACAACGUGACGGUUCUUACGUAGCCGUAUGGGUUCCCAGAUCACCCGGCUACUAUGUUUUCCGAUGCACCUUGGAUGACAUUCCUCUGCCGCAGGAUUUGAAAGUUGAAGUAGUGGAGAGUGCGAGUAAUGAAAUGGCAGCUGAGCGGUGGAUAGGCGCGGCCGCUUCUUACAGCUUACGACGUUUCGCUCUAGAAAACAGCGCUGGUUUGCGAUUGCGCUCCAGCCCAAGCCUACAGGCGGAAGAAAUUGGCCGCAUACCCAGCGGUGCUUACAUUGCGGUGGUCGACGAGUUGACGAAUAAAGACGGCACCUGGGUGAGGUUAAGUCCAGAGUCGACACAGACUUACUCAGACGGCAACAUAUGUGUGUCGUGGUGCCUGCAAUACCACGGACAUCUGGACCUUACGCUGCUGGUCCCAGUGGACGAUGAUGAUACACAGCAGGAAGAGUUUGCACCAUCGUGCAGUGGAUGCAACGAAGGCCAAUUUUUUGACCUACCUCUUUCCACCGACGAAGAUGGCGACGCUGCUAGCAACGAUCUAAGCUCUGAAGAUCGGCGAUUCCCUUUUUCGAUACAGUGCGAUCUCGCCAACGAGAGUGACAGCAGCUCAAGCCCCUAUAUGUUCGGCGAGCCAAGCAAACGUAAUCGCCAUUUACGAAAUGAAUCUAACUCGAUGCCUACACCCAGACGCGCGCCUCCGCGUAGCAACGGCAACAGUGAUGAUUGGUGCCCAGUUAAACACCGGUCCAGUGAAAACAUCCGGGAUGAAAAUUCACAGGAGGAGGAUAAGGAUAGUCCGAGACGGUUGUCCCGAAGCCGCCCCGCGCGGUCUCGCAGCCGACGAAGUUUAGCUUCACCACACGUGCCCCCGCGCGCAGUGGUUCCACGCAAAUACGCUCUAAGUCCAGCUCAGGCGGAAUGUAUGCGUGCGGUGUUUACAGCUUUACUCUGGCAUGAAGGCAUAGUUCAUGAUGCCAUCGCGUGUGCAACGUUCCUUAAAUUCCACCCGGCAUUGCCAAAAGCUGGGGCUCAAGUUGUUACAAGACCUCCACACGAAGCCCCCCCACCGCGCCCUCAGCGACACUCCGUGGAAGUCUCCAACGCCGGGCAAUAUCUUUGCAUUCAACCGUCAACUUUGGAAACUUUGACGCGCUCCGGCACGGAGGCCAGCACUAGUCGCGCCCGGAAUACUGAUAUUAACCUGCCCAUUAGUGAAGAAGACGUGGCUUCUACUAGUGCUUCUGACUCAGCUGCUCCGUCUCCUUCCGUGGUGAACGUGCUGCCACCUGCUUUACGGGCUCUCGUCGCCGUUUGGGAUGCCCUUAAUGAAGCUGACCAACUGAGUCCGGCUACUGAUAAGUUUAAGAAAGUCACACCCGAGAAGAACGAAAAUGAAGACACCAAUUUCAGCGCUCCACGCACGAGAGAAAAGCCGGGACGAGCACCGCUUUCUGUGAAAUGCGAGUUAUGUGGCGGCGCAAGAGUGCCUCCUCCUUUGGCAGCGCACAUGCGACACAUGCACCCUGGGUGCCGAACCGUUACCAAUCGCGGCUAUGACCGCGCUGGAGUAUACAAGCAGGCGGACCCCAUUCGCUCCAAUGACGGCCUCCCAUCAGAGUGCGGACAACUUGCGCAGGACCUUAUCGGUGUGAAAAUUCGAGCUACGUUAUCAGCGUACCAAUUGUGGUACAUUUACUGCGAGAAAUGCCGAGAACGCGCACUGAAGGCAACGUCGCGGCUAAAGAACAAAGGAAAUGUCGAAGCAGAGCGACCGCCUAUUGCAGACAACUUUAAACCCGAACUCGACCACGUGGCUUUAAGGGACAACGCAGUUUUCCUACUGGACUUAGCACCUCUGACUAGUUCUGCACCGUCAGGCGCUUCCGGGUGGCACGACUUGGGAGGUCGUAGCCCGCCUACGCCGCCGGGGAGCAUGUGGCAACCAGCGCCUCCCUUCCAGUGUUUGACAGCAUUGGGUGCCGCACCUAAAAGUAUGGCCUCAUUUUCCGACACCGCCAGAUAUCAUUCUCUCGGCAGACCAAUACCCGGACCACAAUUGAGUGGAGGGUCAACAGCGAGCGGAAUGAGUGCGCAAUGGUCACGAGUGCCGCGGUCCGUGUCUAUGGGGCAGGCUGGCAUUCGCGAUCUGGCCUACGCUGCUAGGCCACCCGCUACUAGUAUGGACGCGGAUACACAGGAUACUCUAUCUGGCGCUGGAUCAUCGUUACUAGCUCAACCAAGCGCUGCCCUCCAAAAACUGGUGGGCGUAUUGGAAAAUGACGGAUGCGCUGUGUCGGCGUUUGAAGAGGCUCACGUUGACACCGAAACACUUAUGCGGAGUCCCGUUCUAACUUUCAUCCUCGGCAAGCGUGACCUGCCUGCUUGCAGGCAGAAAAUUGACGCUGCGGUUAGAAUUAAUACCGUCAGGCAGUACGCUUUCGAGUCGUUAAAUUGGCUGCUGCGCUCGACUACUCAGCCAACGAGCGUUCACGAUGUAAUGUGGUGGUUCUGCAACACGCUUGACAGAUAUUCGCGCUUUGCAGCAUCGCCUAUACCCGUGGAAGAAGAAAACAAAGAGAAUGGGGCCUUCGAAUGGAAUCGCGCUGUCAUUCCGAUAGCUUCAGCGGCGGCCAUUUGCCCAGGAGGGCUUGCGGCUAGAGGUUCGCGGACUGCUUUCCACGCGUUCCUCGGUUCGGUCAGCUCUCUCGCACCUUCGUUGCCACCAGCCAGCGCUGCAGCGCUUCAAGCGGUGCGAUGUUGGGCGCUGCAUUACUCACAACACGAUCGAGCUUUUCUGCAUAGAUCGCAGGUAUUUAGCGUUAUAAGCAAGAUCUUAUCGCACGCUGAGGACGGCGCAUACGACGAAGGUGUACUCGGUGCACUGCAUGAAAGCUAUCAUAGCUAUAUUACGAAGCAACAGAACUUUGAAUGGUCUUGCCCGGAUGUGACGGGAUGGUGUGAAGUCAGCGUUUCAUCACGGCCAGGCAUGGUAGGCGCGCUGACAGAUGGCAGCACCGAAACAUUCUGGGAGACGGGAGAAGAUGAUCGCAAUCGUUCUAAGUGGCUGCAAAUUAAUUACGCCGGCCCACCACAUCGGGAUAGACCGCAUGUACUAUGCGUGCACGUCGAUAACACGAGAGACACAGCGAAUAAAACGCUACUGAUGUCCUUUUUAUACAGCGGCGGAACGAGUGAUAUGGCUCACAUGCAAGAUAUUGAAGUAGAUCCUAAAGCCGCUACAUGGGUUUGCUACACGUUGCCAAGAUCAUCCGGUUCGUCGGUUCGCGUAAGGUGCGAGUUGCGCGGUCCAGAGCCAACUGUGCGCGUGAGACAAUUGCGGGUACUGGGCGCUCCUGCAGCGGCCCCUGAUCCUACCAAUGAGGCGCAUCCACUACAUGUGCUGGCUGAGCGAGACACUCUAAGCGUUUUUAGGCUCCUUACCUCACAGGUUUUUGGCAAAUUACUUGAAUGGGAGAAUAGCAACAGUGACUCCGGUGAAGGUGCAGCCUCUGAGGAAGCGGCUGGUGACGACAGUGACCUUCGGGAACACGUUGUAGGAAUACUGUUCUCCGGACACAAGCUUACCUCUUUACAGCAACAGGUGAUGUCACACAUAGUAUGUGCUAUUGGUUGCGAAGCAUCCCGCGUUCGCGAUGACUGGGAGACGUCGUUACUUUGCGCGGAAACGAAUGACCGCGACACCGACCAGCCACCCCGCCCUGUACUUACAUGUCAUCUACAGGACAACUAUUGCUUUGAGAUGCUAUCGCUGUUACUGGCGCUGAGUGGAAGCGUCGUUGGACGUGCACACCUCGCGCAGCGAACUGAGCUCCUCGUUGACUUGCUCGCUUUGCUUCACACGGGCAGCGAACGGGUACAAAGACAGGUAAUCUCCUUGCUUCGGCGAAUGAUUGCGGAAGUGCCACCACAUAAAAUGUUAUCGGCUCUUAACUACGAUGGAGACAUGAGCACACGUGUGACGUUGCUGGAUCAUCUCGUCUGUUACGUCGGGAAAGCGUUGUCCGUGCAAGUAAAGGUGAAGGGAGCUGGCGCGCCGGCCCCUGGCACAGUGACUUUGGGUGGUAGUGUAACACCAGCUCCGCCCGCCGCAUGGUUCAUGCGCGGGGAGACUACUAAGAAACAUGCAGAGCUAGUAGCCAAGCUACUAACUGAUAUGGCCGAGGAUAAAGUGUCCAGUUCAUGGGGCCUAGAGACGAGAACUGCACUCACACAGUACGUGCGUGCGGUAGCGCAGAUAGAAGAGAGCGAUCGCUACCCAGCGCGAUGCAUCGCUUCACCCACAGUUUGGCUCGCACUUGCUUCUCUCUGCGUGUGCGACCACCACCACAUUGAACUUAUGAACAGGUCAAACGAAGGACGCGAAUCCCGUAGCCGCGAUUCAGCGGUGGAAGCGCGACCACAUUGUACUAACCAUGAUGACGGCUCCACGAUGGCCGUCAUAGAGUGUCGCUCCUGCGGCGCUCUCUGCUCCGAGUGCGAUCGCUUCUUGCACCUAAACCGAGUGGCCCGAAAUCAUCAACGACAGAUAUGCAAAGAAGAAGAAAGCGCUAUACGAAUCGACAUCCAUGAGGGAUGCGGCCGAGCAAAACUGUUCUGGUUAUUGCUAUUGGUCGACCGACGAACCCUAAAGGCGCUGGUGGAGUUCCGCGGGAUUGAGGGCGCGUCGGGAGUUGUUAGUUUGCCGGGUGCAUCGGGGACCGCGGGGGGCGGCGGGGAAGGCGACGGGGCGGGGCUUGUGGGCAUUUGCCGCUUCUGCGGCGCACGUGGCAGCUCUGGUAUACUCGCCAUUGGAAAUGUAUGCGCUGAUCAUCAAUGCCAGGAGCACGGACGGGAAGCUUGCACCCGCAUACUGAGUUGCGGGCACGCGUGUGGUGGCGUACGUGGCGAGCGCACCUGUUUGCCGUGUCUGUUCGGGUGCGCAGGCGCAGAGUCUCUUCGCCAGGAUGCUGACGACAUGUGCAUGAUCUGCUUCACGGACCCGCUUCAGGCAGCACCCGCUAUACAGCUAAACUGCGGACAUGUCUUUCAUCUACACUGCUGUAAGAAAAUCUUGGCAAACAAGUGGGUUGGACCAAGAAUUACAUUUUCGUUUGCGCAAUGUCCCAUUUGUAAGGAUGACAUGACACACUGGACCCUAGAGGAGCUCCUGGGUCCUAUACGGCGUCUCCAUGACGAAGUACGGCGAAAGGCACUGAUGCGCCUGGAGUACGAAGGGUUAGGAGCCGGUGGGACGCGCGGGCGUUCGCACACAGAUCCUGCCACAUAUGCCAUGGAGCGAUACGCGUACUACGUUUGCCAUAAGUGUGGAAAGGCGUACUUUGGUGGGCUGGCCCGUUGUGAAGCGGAGAGCAACGGUGUGUGGGAGCCCGCAGAACUUGUAUGCGGUGCGUGCAGCGACGUGGCGGGCGCGCGUGUCUGCCCCAAGCACGCUUCUGACUUCUUGGAGUACAAGUGCCGAUACUGCUGCUCUGUGGCUGUAUUCUUCUGCUUCGGCACAUCGCAUUUCUGCAACGCGUGCCAUGACGAUUUCCAGCGAGUCACUAACAUUCCAAGGCACCUUUUGCCACAAUGUCCAGCUGGUCCCAAGGGUGAACAGCUACCCGGUACUUCGGAUGAGUGUCCACUUCACGUGCAGCAUCCCCCAACUGGCGAGGAGUUCGCGCUCGGCUGCGGAGUAUGCCGACACGCGCACGCCUUCUAAGCCCAUCUUCACGGUCGUACAUAGUAAAGAAUAUAAACCCCUUUUUUUUAUUGUAUUUAAAAAAAAAGGGGAUAUAUGGAUAUCCAUUCAAUUUGAUUUCUGUUACUACUAUAGCCAAACUCGAUGUGGAAUAUAUGUAAACAAAUUAAAAAUCACGAUGUAUAGGGUUGUCAGAUUUCUAAUAAUCAAAAGUUGAAUUUUUUUCUCUAUUUCGGAGUUAAACAUUGAAAUUUUAGUAUAACACCGUUUUAUGAAAUAUCAACUUAAUCACCCAGUGUGUAAUAAGUAAGAAAAAUAGCUCGAAAUAAAAUUUACAAAUCUUUGAUUACUACUACUUGUCUCACAACCCUAUACUAUUGUACUUGUAACAUUUGGACUUUUUAUGAUCAAUCGUCAAAUUUACUACAGAUAGUAUAAAAUGAUGAAUAUUUUUGUCGAUUAACGACCUUGGUUACGACGAGCAACCCUGAUUUACCCGGCUCGAGUGGGCUUGGAGGCGUAGUGAAAUUUUCUUAGCUAAGGCAAAAGGGAGCCCAGACAUCUGCGAUUAAUAAGACUUAAAAAAAUGUAAAUAAUUGUGUAACGAGCUUUGCUUGACAUGACUAGAAAUGAAAUGCAUCAUUGUCACAUCACAACCUGUGAUUGGUUGCUAAGCAACUCUUUGUUGUUAAAUAUUCUAUAUCGAAUUUGGUAUAGUUUCGUUUUUGGUAUCAUAUAAUUUUCAACUUUUAAAUAUUCCCAUGAAUUGUAUUAUAAAAACGACCCGUUUAAUAUCAAGCUUUUGUGUACCGGUUGCGGCUAAAUUCAAAAUACGUAAGUCACGGCUAGUUACCAAUAUGUACACUGACUAUUCCGGCAUUAUGCUGACUCGAUAUUGAUUUGGGGUACGGGUUUUUAAACUGUCCCCUUACAUAUUUGCGCGCUUCUAUCUGCGUUACUUACAGAUUAUACUCAAUGCAUAGUUGCGUUAGUAUAAAAUUAAAAAAAAAAUACAUUAAGGUCACUUUGACUUUCCCAAA